AAAAACAACAAUGGCGUAUCGAGUAAACAAAGCGUCGUUUUGUCAUUGUCCUUGAUUUUUUUUAUUAAUAAUAUUCCCUAAAAAGUUUAGUGAAAAACUUUUCAAUUUAUUAAUAAAAUUCUUCUUCACACUAUCACCUAUAGAAUAAAACUAAAUUUUGUGAUAUAAAAACUGUGUGUGAUAAAGAAAUUCAAUAUAAACAAAAAUUUUGUUCGCGCCUCCUCACUGCAUACAUAUAACCUCUCUUCUUUCUUAUUUUUUUUUUUUGUUUUAUUUCAUAUAUUUUUCAAUAAAUCUACUUUAAUUAACUUAAUCGCUAAAAUCCGAUCCACUCUAAAAAUGAGGGACGAGGGCAUCCUAAACAAAACUACGUCCUCCUCAAUUUCCUCCUCCUCUUCCACCAACAACGACGAGAUCUUAACGUCGCUUUUAAAGAUCAAUAAUUUCGAUAAUAGCAUCAAAGAUGAAUCUUUAGACAUCAAUUUGUCGGCAUGUGUAACCAUUUCCACCGAUCCGACAAUAAUCUGCAACAAUAGUGUCUCCUCUGACUUUUGGAAGGUUUUUGAUGAAAGUGCUCAAGCCGAUGAAACUGGCAGCCUUUCAAAUCGAUCGACAGCGGUGGAGGAAAUCAGUUUUGUUAGUCUUUUACCUCCACCGCCACUUGGUUCCGAGCAGCAUCAAAAAUCAUUAACUGGAUGGGAAAGUGAUGUGUUGCCUUCGUCGAUUUUGCCAUCGCCCACAAAAAAGAAACACAACAAAAGUCGCAAACAAACGACGACGAAACAACAGCAAUCACAUAAAAUUGAUGAGGAUAAUGCACAACGACGGGCUCUUCCCAUUACACACGAUGAGUCCCCUCUUCCGAUCUCAAAUAAUAGUUUUAAGGGUAAUUUUCCAAUAGCUCCUGAAUCUAAAUUGGAGAAUUCUUCUUUGGCGCCAACGACGGAGUACAAAUUCAAAUGUGAACAUUGUCGAAUUGUAUUGAAUGGUUUAGAAGAAUUUACUAAACACGAAGCUUCACAUAAAAUUCUUAUUAAAUGCAACGAAUGUGAUCGUGAAUUUGCCAACGAAAGUGGUUUAAAGAAACAUGUUAAGAGUCAUCGAGAAGACUCGAGGAAGGAUGGUUGGAAAAAGUGUCCAGAUUGUGGCAAGUGUUUAAAACUCGGAAGCAUGUGGAUGCACAGGAAAAUCCAUAGUGAUAAUAAAAAGUACGGCUGUGAUAUAUGUGGCCAAAAAUUUGUUCAAAAAAUUAAUCUUACCCAUCAUCAGAGAGUUCAUACAGCAGAAAAACCUUACGAGUGUGCUGAAUGUCCAAAAAGAUUUCAAGAACGAUCUCAUUUACAACGCCAUCAAAAAUAUCAUGCCCAAACCCGUCCGUUUCGUUGUGAAAAAUGUGGUAAAAUGUACAAAACCGAACGUUGCCUCAAAGUUCACAAUCUUGUGCAUCUAGAACAGCGUCCAUUUGCUUGCCAAGUAUGCAACAAAAGUUUCAUUAGCAACUCCAAGUUGAAGCAACACUCAAAUAUUCACACUGGCGAACGUCCCUUCAAAUGCAAUUACUGUACAAGAGAUUUUACAAAUUUCCCCAAUUGGUUGAAACAUACCCGUCGACGUCACAAGGUCGAUCAUAAAACUGGAGAACUUCUUGAGCAUAUGCCUUCCUAUUGCUCAAAAUCAUCUGGAAAGAAAUCCACAGCAGCAGCAGCCGGAGCUAAUGCCGAAGGUAAACCAACAAGAAAGAAGAAGAAAGCCGACACGGCGGAUCAGAAUAAAAUUGUAACGACAACAUCACAACUGCAAUCACAGCAACAACAACAACCACCACCUCCGCUGCCGCUACCAAAGUCUUCCCAAUCAUCACCCACCGUCCAGCUUAUGAAAGCAAAAGUUAAACUUGAGGCGGACCCAGAACCGGCGGAAGUUCAUACUAAUACUAAUUUUAGCGAUUUGCACUCACUCAGCAUAACUAGUGCCGAGGAAUUGAUUAUGGAGCAGGCUCUUGAAAUGGAAGAAUUUUGUUUCUAUAAAUCGCAGCUAGAUCAGUUUUGUAUGCAAAAGGAAUUUUCUGUGAAGAAGGAAUUUGAAAACAAAGCUUUGUGCUCAGUCGACUCCUCGCCGUUUUCAUCGCCAGCCUCUGUCGAACUUCCCAUCACAUACAAUAUUCAGUCUCUUCCUUCGACCACAAUAUCGACAGCUGGAAGAAAUACAUCAUCCGAAUCUGCCACCUCUAACGCAAUGCGCAUACAAGUCUUCAAGAAUCAAACUCUUCCGUCCGUCGAUACUUUAAUAAAUGCCUGCUUCUUUAAGAGUGAGAAUCAAAAUAUGUAAAAACAAAACAAAUACUGUUUUUACGUCACACCUUAAAAAAGCCAUUGUGUGUCCCACAAAAUUCGAUGACAUUCGAGAACAAAUCGAAUCGAAUCAUUCGCCACAACUAAGACAGAAAAUCAUUUCAAAACAAUUCAUGUGAUCACAAAGUAAUUUAAAUUUUUAUUCUUUCUAAGGAUUAUAAUGCGAUUUUUUAGUAAUAUAAGUGUAAGUGUUUGGGUGUAAGGCUUGAUUGAAAAAAAAAAAAAAAAAUAAAAAACGAUUAUUAUUAUAAAAUAAGCAAACUGAGUCUCUAUGACGGUUGAUUCUAUAGAUUUAAGCACAAUUGAACAUUAUUUUAUUUUAUAUUCCAAUUGCGCGAUAUGACUAUUUGUCAUCUAAAUGGGUAAAGAUGCUAAGUCUUAUAUUGACAAAUUUUGCAGGACAACAAAAGAAGAGAUUAAAAUACUAUUACUUGGCAUAUUUGCUCAUUUAUCUGACGUUCAAAUUCGUUUUAUUUCACAAAUAUAUUAAAUAUACGUUCAAAAGGUUAAAAUAAAAUUGGUUCCACUUAAAUAAAAAAAAAUAAAUUUCACCUUCACAAAACAAAACACUUCCUUCUUCUCUUUAAUGGCUAACUGGAUUUAUUUGUAUAAGAAAAAGAAAAAAAAAUAUUACACUAAAUAUCCAUGUGCCUUUAGCAGUAAUAGUUCUUAUUUAAACAUAAUCAAACAAUUUGCCUUAAGACAAAAAAAAAAUAUUAAGAGCAAUAAAAACAAUAGAAUGGCUAAAACAAAAGUUAACACAGACUUUAUUUUAAAUUUUGUUUUAAUUUUAAUAUCGCAGUAAAUGUUUGAAUUUGAGUGUUUUAACCAUUUAUAAUAAUUAUUAUAGCAAGUUCUAGUGAAAACAAAAACAACUAAAAAAUUGUUUUU